AUGAGCCACGGGUUCGCAGCGUCGAGCGACGGCUCUGCUUUUUUCUGCGUGUUUGCCGCCAGCAGCUUUGGGAACGGCCAAGUCGGCCUUCUGCCAACACCUCGAGAGACGGGCGGUUUUAUAUCUGGAGCCGAAAUGUCCUACCUUUACACCGAAAUUGCCAUGCUGCACAUGCUGCGCUCGCGUGCGCGUCUGCCAGACCGUUUGCCGCGCGAUCGAAUCGAGUUUGCCUCCACCAAACUUGGCAGCAUUCCAUUCCCUGCAGCAGGCGUCCAAAACCCCCAGGGGCCCCAGGGGGCGAUGUGCGACGGACGGACUGAUGCCGAACCCUAUUCUAGAUGUCCCUUAGCGCGGCUAUCCAAGGGAUCGAUGAUGCUUAUCCAAAAGGGGUCGAUGAUGAUGAGGGUUGCAAUCGUCGUCUCCGCCACGCAAGCGGGAACAGCCUGGGGAGCACAGCACCCCGCAGCCUAA